AUGAAAGAGAUCACAACAUUGGAACUAGCCAAGAUUCUACAGUCAAAUGAUCCAGAAGUGUUUUUCACCAAUGCAGAUUAUGAAAACAUUCUUGAAUCCACUACUUCGCAGCUAAUACAACUAUUAAUAGCUGUCAAGGAAAAGAAAAUCCAGAACAGUGCAUUCAAGGAUCCGGAUGAAAUAUCAGCAGUAAGACUUUUAAACAGCGUCAUUGCAAAGAUAAAUACAAGAAGAGAGAACACCAUAAACUUUACACUUCCCGCAGCCAUCCAAAAUCUUUAUUUUUCCCAAAAGCUGUUUGUGCAAUGCCCACUGGCAUUCUCAUUUGGAGAUCAGGAGGAUUUAAAGAAGUAUGAAAGAGAUCUUGUGAAUAUAGUAGAGCAAUGGAUUAGCUAUUUAAAAUCAAUUUAUACAAAAUUAGGCCAUUUCAAUAGAAGCUUUCCAGAGGAGAAAGCUUUCUGGAUGGACCUAAGGUCAGAGUUAGAUUCAAUCCAUAAUUUUUCAGUAUCAGAAGAAUAUGAAUUUAUUAUUGAAAUGCUAAAAAGAAUAGGAAAGUUGUCAUUAAUGUAUACGUUAAUUAUGCUUAUAAAUGACCAAAAGAUUUAUAAGAUCUGUGAGGCUUUCCAUUCAGUGUAUAGUAAUUUCGAAUUUUCAUAUGUUUUGUUUCUGAAGCACAGUAACGAAUCGCCUAUUGUAUUAGAUGACAGGGACACGCAUCCAUCAAAUAAUGUGGCUGUAAAACAGGACCAUUUGCCUUUUGUCUCCAAUAUUUUGAUUAUCUUUAAAAUUCUAAGAAAUUUGAGGAAAAUGCCAAGAAUCAUAAGAAAGUCAAUCUCGAGCAAUCUAAAUGCAUUAAGAACAACGAUAGUUAAUGAGACUCUUGUCAACUUCCAUCCAACCUUCUACGAAAUUUAUGCUGAAUAUACAUCACUCGCCCUAUACUUUAAUUUGCAAAACGAUAAGGAUUCUGGAGAUUCGCGUAUUACAAUAGACCAUAUAAAGGAUUUUUCAAAGUACAUCAGUUCACUAAAUAGUAUUUACAAAGCAUCAGAGCUUUUCCAGUACAUUUCCGAUUCGGAAAACAGUUUACAAUUCCUAGAAUUGAUAAAAACCUUUGAGUUUGAAUUUAAAAAAGCACUGUUUGAAAAUGAAAUACAACAUAACGCAUCGCUUCCAGUCAAUUCAAGGUCUCCUCUCGACUCUGACUUUGUAACCAACUUGCUAAAAUCAAAAGGCAAUGAUUUCAUCAAUCAGAACACCAACAGUCUUUCCAAAUUAAGACAUCAUUUUAAGAACCAUAGGAUAUUGUUUGAAUUUAAGAUAUUUGAAAGCAUAGUUUCCAAGUACGUUGUAAAUAUACUGAAAACUGUUUUGAACUGUUCACUAGCCAACUCUUUAAAUGAUACAAUUUGUGAGCACAGUGGCCGCACCGUUAACAUUCCGGACAUAGUUGAUGUAAUAUUAACAGCGCUAACAUUAAAAAGUAUUCUGUGCAAUUGCUCCGAAGCAAAAGAGUUCUUUGAGUUGAAAGCUUCGAAAAUAAAGAAUAUAAUUGAAAUUUACGAAAGAUACAUUGCAAGCCUUCCAUCAGACCUUCUAGAAACCACCAUUAUUAAUACGGAGACUAAUGAUAAUAUUGGAACAGAAAAUAACGAUGAUAUUAAUAAGCUUGAAUUAAAUGAAAGUGUGGUUGGAAUAGUUGAUAUGGAGGAUCAAUUAACUAGAAUGUAUGAAACAAUCAUCUCAGAAGACAACAACCUUCCAUUAUUUGAUAUAAAACUGCUCGAAGAUGUUAGGUUUAUUAAACCAAGACUUGAAGGACUCAAAGGAUUUCUAAAUGAGUAUAAAAACGAAGUGAGACAGUGCGGUUCCAUAUUUUACAAUGAAGAGAUUGAGGAGUACUUUAAAGGUCAUGUUGGAUUAAAAUGGAGGUAUUACAGUGAGGAGACUCAGAACCAGGAAAGAUGUUUAUAUGAAAGAUUUAAAAAGAAGAAGAAACAGUUUUAUAUGAUGCUUGAAGAAUUAAAAAGUGAGUACAUUCCGAAGAUUAUGAAUGAGGAUUCUUCAAUUGGCAACGGAAGAUAUGAGCCAUGCGAUGUAAUGUGCUUGUUUGAUGGAUUUGAUAGAAACCAGGUUGAAGAGGCUUUGAUUAAGAAAAGGGAUGAGAUUUUAGAGAUAAUUUUAACUAUUGUAAAAGAAAAGAUGAGUAAGAGCAGACAUGUUCUGCAACUAGCUAUUUCAAAGGACGCUAUUCAGUUAUUAUCAAACGAUGUGGUUGUAUACGAUAUAAUCCAAGAGUAUAUUUUACGCUUUAGCGGCUUUGAAAAAUUACUUAAUAUUUCUGCUUGUAUAAAACAGCUAGAAACAGACGUACAGAAUGAACUCGAUAUAAUUAAACAGGCGAUCGAUGAAAUGGCAGAAAAUCACACAUUGUGCUGUAAAAAUGAAAAGAACGAAUCUUCAAAAACACAUUUACUUUCAAUUUUGGAAACUUUACAAAAGACAAGGAGAAAUGAGGAACUGCACAGACAGCUUUCUUUAUUCCAAUUCUUUGAGAUCAAUUUCAAGUUUGAUAGCUAUUCAUUUUCUGCUCAAAUCAAGUCGAUUUUCAGUCAACUUUGUUUUACUGUUAGUCAGUACAAAAUAGCUGUUCGGUCAUCUCUACUCUCACUAAUCCAGGAAUUUUCUUCAAACAAUACUAUACCUUUAUUUAUUGAUUCAUUUAUUUUGCAAUACGGACUUUUGAGGUGUUUUGAUGAAUUACAUUAUGUCUUAUCUUUAUUGCAUGAAAAUACUCCUGAAGAUGCUGCUAUUCAUGCAUUGCUAAAUAUUGGGUCUGAAAACACGAUAUUAUCUGUAUUUGAUAAUAGAUAUGCUCAGUCUUCAUUCACGGCUCAUAAAAACAUUCAAUCUGAAGUUAUUGAAAAUCUUCUUCUAAAUGUUGUUUUUGAUGAGGCUACUGGAAUAUUAGAUGAGGCUUCCAUAAGGUCGGUUAUACACAACGGUGUUACUUUCAAACUGAAGCAGACCCUAACUCAAGACGAAUUUGAACUGUUAAGCUCAAAAAAGCAUGAACUUGAAUCUAAGAUUAGUGAAAUAAGCAGCAUUUACCAUAACUUCCCAUGCGAUGAAGACACAUUUCUUCCCUAUCUUUCACAGUUUAGAAUCAAAUGUGAUGCAUUAUCCAGAGAUAUUGCAAUGUUCAACGAGCUUUUUAUCUUUUAUAAGUUCGAGGCUCUCUCUUUUAAUGUUUCUACUGAAGUAUUAGAGGCUGAAUAUAAAACAUUUAGAGAAAUGGACCAAAACAUAAAGAAGUUCAUGAGAACCAAAAUUUCCACAUUUAUUGAGCAACUGGCAAACGGCUGUGAAGUUUCUAACUGCAGAAUGAUUGAAGAAACCGUGUUUUCUAAAUUGCUAUGUUCUUUUAAUACCCAGUUGAUGAAGAAUUUUGUAAGCCAAGCUGAGAGCCUUAAACUUCCCCUUUCGUAUUUAAAAGAAUUAUCAAAAUUUAAUAUAUCUCAUUNAACCCUCAAUCUUGAAGGUAGUUUUAAAGACUAUAUUGAUUCAUUUGAUGAGAAACAGAUGAGGAUAUCGAUUGAAAAAAUAAAAAUGGAUAUUGAAAUAUCCAAAUUUCUAUCUGAAGAAAGACCAAGACUUACUGAUUUAAUCAAAAUUUCCACUGUUGGAUCACAUUCCUAUGUUUCUAAUAUUUCAGAACUGUCAUCUAUUUUGAAUGCCCAAAGAUCCAUGCUUGAUCUGACAGUUAAAUUCAACAAAUUUAAUCUUUACAAAAGUGAGCUUGAUCAAGUUGAUGAUCUCAUCAAAAUAGAGCAGGAAUGCUUUGAUAUUCUGUGUAGUGUUCAAGACAAAGUUUUUGAGCUUGGAAUGAUAUUAUCUAAAGAAGGCACCAACUUGUUAGACCUUGAAUUAUUGAAAUAUAAUCGUAGUAAGGUUGACUUUGAAAAUCUCAUAUCCAGAUCCAGCAUGUCGAGUAGUACUGAUGUUUUAAACAAACUUAAAAAUAUAAGGUUUGAACUGGACAGUAUAAGCAACGGAAUUAAUGUAGCAAUUGAUGUUCUCAGACACAAAUGUAAUAGACUGUAUUUCAUUCCGAAUACAGAUCUUGUAAGGAGCAUGAGCAGCACAAAGGGAAUAUGUUGGCUACUUACAAGUAUAUUUAAUAUUAACGAGAUUAUAACAGAGGACGAAUGUAUUAUUGGCAUUUCAAGUGGAGUGGGAAAGAAAAAAGAGAAAGUAAGCCUUGUGUCCAAGAUUAAUUUGAAUGACAAUUUGGAAAAUAUUGUUAAUGGGUUUGAAAGAUCCCUGAAGCAAACAUUGAAGAGUACUUUUCUAAACAAAAUAGGCCAUGCCAAGCAAUCAGAAUCUGGCAAUGAUUUUAUCAAUCAGAGUAUUUCAAUUGUUGAUGAAUUAGUGUGUGAGUAUAACUAUUUCAAUGGAAAAUCAAAGGAAAAGUCUUAUAGAGCAGAAAGGAUAGAGGCUUAUUCGGAAAAAUUUCCUGAUUUAAUGAAAACAAUACAAAAAUAUACUAUAAGCUCUGAAAACAUGCCCUUAGACAAAAACAGCAAGGAUAUAUUGGAUAUCAUUUUGAAAGUCGAUGACCUGGAGUACUCGUUUGAAUACUAUCCUCCAACCGACUUUAUUUUCACCUACUUAACGGCUAAGAUUUUUACUGCUAUUUCUCUUUCUAAAGAUGAGUCAGGUGUUAUUUUCUAUGGCCCAUCCGGUACGGGAAAGACUGAGAGUGUCAAGUAUUAUUGCAGAAGUGUUGGAAAACCCCUCUUUGUCUUCUGCUGCAAUGAGAACUGUGAUUUUGAAUCUCUUAGGAACAUUAUUAUUGGCUGCGAGCUAACUGGCAGCUAUAUCUGUUUCGAUGAGUUUAAUAGAUUGAAGAAGGAUGUUAUGUCAUCAAUAACAGAGCUGCUGUAUGAAAAAAAAGGGGUGGUAAAGGUAUUUUUAACUAUGAAUUUAGGAUAUAAGGGAAGGUCAGAACUACCCAAAACUCUAAAGAGUAUAUUUGGGGAAGUAUCGGUUCAUGCACCUGAUAUUAUGGACAUUAUUUACUUCUAUACAGGUAAUUAUAAAAUGUAUGAGCUAAUCAGCUGUCUCGACAGGGAAUGUAGUCCAGAAGAUUUUUAUGACUUUGGACUGAGGGCAAUCAAAUUCAUUUUUAAUCAGAUGGAAUAUCCUGAUUUAGACGAUAGAGCUAGUACAAAUAAGACAGACAUUAAUGCUUUUCUGUUAAAUGCAAUAUACUUUUACAUGGCUAUUUUCAAAAAUAAAGAUAGACAACGCCUGACACUGAAAGUUCAUGAAAUAUUUAAUGUUAAAAUCAGCGAAUUGAAGAUUGACCUCUCUCAUGAAAAUAUCUUCAGAAGAGCACUUAGUCUGAGGAAUGGGAUUGUUGUAUUCGGAAAGAAAGGAAAAUCACGUCUUAUAAACACAAUGAUAGCUUUAGAAUCUAAUUCUGUAGACAAGAGUGAGUUCAAACCUGUGAGGAGAAUGUUUAAGUACAAUCCUAUGAAUUUAUUAGAAGUCAAUGACUCAAUCUUUGGUUCUGUAAAUAAAGUUACCAAAGAGUGGGAGGAUAGUGUAUUUUUAAAGGAUUUAAGAAAUUCACUACUCAGUGCAGGAGAGACAUGGUUCAUUUUUGAUGGACUCUUAAAAUCUGAAUGGAUUGAGGAUUUUAAUAGCGUGCUUGAUGAUAAUAGGCUUUUGUGCUUAGUAACAGGUGAAAGAAUCAAGAUACCAUUCUGCUUUAAGUUUAUCUUUGAGACAGACAGUAUUGAGGAGGCAACGCCAGCAACACUUACGCGACUAUUUAUGAUUAAUGUAGAUUCUAUUGAUAGCCAUGAUGCUUGUUGCGUUAGUGCAUGUGAUGAUGCCAACCAUGAUAGUAUUAAUGCUAUUAACAGUGGCAAUCAAGAGAUGUGUGAUUCUUUGGAUGAGUGCCAGGCUAAGGCUUUGUUUAAUAUUUGGAAAUAUCUUGCAAGUAAUAGAGUCGUUUUCUUAAUUGGAAAUCCGGGUAUUGGUAAAAAGACAAUAUUUAAAGCAUUGACUAAUGCAAACGGCAGCAAUGUCUGUAGCGACAUUCUGUACUGUGAUUCUUUGCUUAAUGAUAAACAGUUGAGCAAUCUCAAGGAUAAAGAAUUAAUAUUUUUGGAAUCUUUUGAGCAGGCAAAUAUCAAAUUGAAGGAACAAGUUAGGGAAUUUUGGGAAUAUGGAGAGAUUGCUGGCAUCAAACUGUCUAAUUUAAAGAUUAUUUGUGGGAUAAAUUCAGAAAAGAUGGAAUUCGAAAAUAGACUAACAAGAAUUAGAAGAGUACAUAUUGAAGGAUUGAAAGAUAUUGAGAAAAUUAUCAGAAGAAAGAUAAGCGAAAUAAGCCUAAACAUCGACAGCACACAUGAGGAUAAGGAAAAUGCGCACAUUGAUGUAAUCAAUGUGGUAGGUAAUCUUCUGAAAUUUAUGUACGAGGCUUUCAAUCCUGAUUUAUUUAGCUUGUCAAAAGCAAUGCUAUUUAUAAAACUAGCAGACUUUAGCUUUAUGUUUAGUAACCCAAAGAUAGUGCCCAACUAUCUUUAUUUCCUCUGUGAACUGAUAUUCAUGAAAAGCGACAAUGUUGAUUUAAACAAUGCAAGUAGGAUUCUAAGAAGGUUUAUUCAGGAUACUUUUAAUGUGAAGACAAGCACAUUAAAGUUCAAUGCAAAUAAUAGCUUUAGCAUUGAAGUGGAAGAGAAUGACCAGUUUAUACGUUGUGAAUCGUAUCUUAGUUAUCUUUUAUAUAGGAAGUGUAAUGUUGUUGUGAGGGGGCCUAGGCUUAGUGGCAAAAGGUACUUGGUUAAGAAAUGCCUCAAGAAAAGUAGCAAGGACAAUAACAAUAUUUAUAAGGUAUUCGCUUGGAACGAGCACAAGAAAAUAAGGGAACUCAAUAACACACUUGACUCGAACUUCCGUUAUAUUUUCAUUUUGCUAAAUGAAAGCAGAGGAAUCAGUGCAAAAUUCCUAGAUGAAAAUACCUUUGAAAUCAAUCUGAAUGGUAUUUCUACUAAGCUAGAUUUAGAAAGACUCAUAAGCGGAGAUACUUUGAGCAAGUCUAUACACACCUCCAAUAUUAAUAAGAAUAGCACAAGUAUCGGUUCUUUCGGCACCAUCGAUCCAAUGGACACAAAACCUGUUUCUAUUGAAAAAUCUUAUGACCAGUACUUGAAAAAGCGUGCUUCAAAUUAUAUCGUAGAAUUCCCUAAUUUGUUCAAACUGGCUAGUUUCUAUUUUGUAUUUAAUUUUAUUAGGAAAAUAUAUUGCAGGGAAUUUGAGGAUAGAAGAAAAUUUCUAAAGAGAGGCAUUGAAAGAAUAGAGCAAUUUACUAAAGAUGCAAGUGAUUUAAGAAAGUCAAUAGAAAAGCAGAAAGAGGCUCUUAGAAUAAAGCAGGAACAGCUAGACGAGUAUAUAGCCCUUCUUUCAAAGGAAAGAGAAGAAUGUGGAAGGGAACAAGAGGACAUUAAAAACAGACAGGACGAGAUUAGCAAAGAAGUAGCAUUAUGCGAAGAAAAGAAAGAAAAGGUAAAAAGCAAAACUGUCUGUUGUAGAAGAAAUGCUAAGUGA